UGUCCCUCGGACACAGCGGAUCACCGAUCACGGAAAGAGCCGAAGAUGUCGGCUCGGUCAUGUGAUCAGCAGUGUCCAAUCACAGCUGAUCACACGACACUGAUGAUCAGAGUGCCCUGAUGAUCAAUGUAGCCCCAGCAGUGCCACCUGUCAGUGUCCAUCAGUGCCUUGUGUCAGUGCUCAUCACUGCCUCGUGGCAGUGCCCAUCAGUGCCUCAUCAAUGCCACAUACCAGUGCCUACCAGUGCACAUCAAUGCCACAUAUCAGUGCCCAUCUGAGCUGCCUUUCAAUGUCACCCAUCAGUGCCACCUAUCAGUGCCACCUAUCAGUGCCAGUCAGUGCCGCCUAUCAGUGCCAGUCAGUGCCGCCUAUCAGUGCCGUAUCAGUG